GCGGGGGUUUGGGCCAAGGAUCUCCACGGCUGCGGCGGCGGCGGCAGCGGCGCCAGGGGCUGGGGUCGCGCCGGCCUGGGCGCCGGAGCGGGCGAAGGGCGCUGGUCCUGAGGCGAUGAUGGGCAAGGAGGAGGAGAUUGCGCGGAUCGCCCGGAGGCUGGACAAGAUGGUGACCAGGAAGAGCGCGGAGGGUGCCAUGGACCUGCUGCGGGAGCUGAAGGCCAUGCCUGUUACACUGCAUCUGCUCCAGUCCACCCGUGUUGGGAUGUCUGUCAACGCCCUGCGGAAGCAGAGCUCGGACGAAGAGGUCAUUGCACUGGCCAAGUCCCUCAUCAAGUCCUGGAAGAAGCUCCUGGAUGCUUCUGAUGCUAAAACCAGAGAUCGAGGGCGGGGCACACCUCUACCCACAUCGUCCUCAAAGGAUGCCUCAGAGGCCAUGGAUCCCAGCCGCAAGAGGCCAGAACUGCCCAGGACACUGUGCACACCGAGGAUCACCACGUUUCCCCCGGUGCCCGUUACCUGUGAUGCUGUGCGUAACAAGUGCCGUGAAAUGCUGACGGCUGCCCUGCGAGUGGACCAGGAUCACGUGGCUGUCGGUGCGGAUUGUGAGCAUCUGUCGGCUCAGAUCGAGGAGUGCAUCUUCCGGGAUGUGGGAAACACAGACAUGAAGUACAAGAACCGUGUGCGGAGCCGUAUCUCCAACCUGAAGGAUGUCAAGAACCCUGACCUCCGGCGGAAUGUGCUGUGUGGUGUCAUAACACCCCAGCAGAUUGCUGUGAUGACAUCGGAGGAGAUGGCCAGUGAUGAGCUGAAGGAGAUCCGCAAGGCCAUGACGAAGGAAGCCAUCCGUGAGCACCAGAUGGCCCGCACAGGUGGCACGCAGACAGACCUAUUCACUUGUGGCAAGUGCAGAAAGAAGAACUGCACAUAUACACAGGUGCAGACUCGCAGCUCUGAUGAGCCCAUGACCACCUUUGUUGUCUGCAAUGAGUGUGGGAACCGUUGGAAGUUCUGCUGAGCCCUUGUGCAGAUGUGCUGCAGCCCUGGGCUAGGCUCCAGCAUUUUCCAUGGACACUUCUCUGGAGAACCCCUGAAGGCGGCAUGCCCUGCUCCCAGCCUGCCUGCCUGCCUUGUGUGCACCUUUCUGCCCUUUGCUCCUCAUUAUUAAAUGUUUUAUCUUGCCA